AUGUCGCAGCGCGAUGUGGCAACAUUACUUCCGCGACAUAGUUUCCCCGCGACAUAGUAUCCUAGAACCAUCAUACCAUCUACCACCCUUAUGUCAUCCUCAUAUUCCCCUUCAUGCCAUCCUCACAGCACCCUGUCAAAACCCUUGAUCCAUCCUAUAUCACCCUAACAGCAUCCAUCAUCCUCAUACCACCCUCAUACCAUCCGAAUACUAUCUGCACACUGCUUUCAUACCAUCUCCAUCCUUACACCAUCCUCAAACCAUUCCUAUACCACCUCCAUACCAUCUUUAAACCAUCCUCACACUGUAAUCUUUUUUAUCAAAUCUAUUACAUUUAUUCCUCCCUUCGCAAAUCCUUUCAGGUAACAACGAAACACAGUCUGAAAGAAGGUCUGCAAUUGCCCUCUGUUGCCCUCUGCAAUCGUGGCAUUUUCUCGCGCUAUAAACUGGAAGAGCUCAACGUGAGUGCCGACUUAGCCAAUUACAUGAUGAUGCUCGCUGCCAGUCCGUGGAUUGGCAAUCCCAAGCUCUUCAAGACGACGGAGGGACAGGUCAGGCUCGCUAUACUUCAGGAACAGUUUGAGAAUCUUCUGGAAGUAAAGAAGAUGAAUGCGACGCAGAUUAUUGACCGCGUGUCUCUGGAUUGCGAGGAAAUGAUCGUCCACUGUACUUUCAACGACGAGGAAAUCCACGGGCGAGAUUGCUGCCGGAUGUUCACGCCCGUGCCCACCUUCUCCGGGAAAUGCUACGUGCUGUUUGCCAACGAGAGUUUCAGUCAGGCGUUCAGCGGGGAGAUGGGGGGCCUCAUCAUCACCCUCCUUCAGGUGAAGAAUGAUGAACCAGCCCUGGUAAAAGGUAUUUUGGAUCCAUCGAAGUGGCUCAAACGUAAACUUCAAAUCACACUACUUAACAAUGUGACUCACCCUUCGCUCGAAGUCGUAGGUCAUGGCCCAAUGAUAACCCCGAACACUUUGCUGUCAAUGCAGGUGUCUCUACAAACGAUCGACAACGUGCAGGUGAAACAGAACCCGGACUGGAGGGAGUCGGAGUGCGUUAAGGUGAAGGACAUUGUGUAUGGGGCGUCUGACGAUUUCUAUUUCACUGAAGGAAACUGCAUGACGGCGAUCUAUAGAGAGUGCAGUGCCGAGCUGUGCGGUUGCAGUAGUUAUUUUCAGGAUAAUUUACAACUAUCUUCAAAGCUGUGUUCCGUAAACAAGUCUAACGAUUGUAUCAAUCGGGUGACGGCUUUCAUGACUCGUGAAGUUUCCGAGGAAAAGAGGGAGAUGGUUAAUGAAAUGGCCGUUUGUGCCAUGAACGUCACUAGUCGUUGUCGCCGAGUGUGUAAUUUGAGCAGCUUCAAGACGUCGACCGUGGGCCAGCCUCUUCCCUCGUACCAGAUGACCGAACUCAAGGAACGUUUUGGUCUCCAGGAACAGGACGUCUUGACGCUGGUGACAAUUUUCUAUCCUUUGCUGGAGUACGAGGAGGUCUUUCUGUCUAGGAAAUCUUACGGGGAUUUACUUAGUAACUUGGGCGGCUCAACAGGUGUCUUCCUCGGCUUCUCGUUCAUCACGCUCAUGGAGUGCUUCAUCUUCUUCAUCUUCUGUCUAAACGCCGCCUUCAGAAAGUUCCUUUGUCUCAGGAAAAAGUCUGCGGCGAAGACCGCGGUGGCGCCUCCUGAGAGAACGAAUAAGUCGGCCUUUUCUUUGCAUAAGAGCGCCUGGUAGAUCGUUUUUUACUUUAGUGUUUUGGUUGCAUCUCUGUAGGGUAAGGGUAAGGGUAAGCUGUGAUACAUUUGCUAUAUGGAAAUAACAUUAGAUUUUAAUAUUACUUAGAAUUGUUUUGGAUGUAACAUGUUUAGAUCCUCAGUUGGGUGUAGAGUGUUGUCCUUUGUUUAAGAUACCCUUUAACUGCACAGGUGUGGGCUGCUUUGAUUAAUGAAUAUAUUGCAUUAGUAUUAUAGAAUGGUAUUACAACGCAUGGCAUAUUUAGGCAAACCGCGAUUUUAUCUUCUAGUACAUGAGAUAAAAUCAAACGCUUACAAAAAAUCGUUGUUGCUCUUAUCGGUAGCCAGUAUCACACAUUCACUCUAGCUUUAUAGUGAAAAAGAGUUUACUUAUAUUCCAAUCUGCACUACAAUGCUUCCUGUAUCUUGGCAUAAUUCUGAUGAUUUUCAUCUGUGAAAAUCUGUCAUAACUGUACAUCUUUCAUGCCGUUGCGAAUGCGUCACCUCCCUGUAGCAGAUUCUAUAAAGAGCGUGUGAAAUUCCAACAAGAGGUCUGUAUCCAUACCUUGCUAAGCGACCAGCAUGGCCAUGCAUAUUAAAGGUUCCAACGUGUGAUGGCAUCCACAUGAAAUGUAUAACGUGGUCCUAUUCUUUUGUACGGUAUAUGUUUCUUUCAGUGACACGUGGAAUGCUUCCAGUACAUUUAUCGAGAGCUCUCCGAGUCUUGGAGAGCACUCUUUCAGCCGUAGAAAACGUCUCCAGAGUUCUUGAUUCAGUGGAAAUGCCGUCGCUAGAAGUAUUGUUAACAGUUCAGUUUGCAAAGUACUUUUCUUAUGAACCCUCCUGAUGUCCUCAUGCUUCAAAAUAUUGUUGUAUUCACACUAUAAGUGCUAUUAUCUGUGAAACUGUUCUUUCACAUAUAAUAGAUAUGCUAGAUUGAAGUAUGACAAUCUGUCUCCAAGGGCACCGAGAAUGAUCCUUAUGGCUUCUCUCUGUGCAACUUCUUGAAUGCCUAACUCUGAUUCCCAGUAUAAUGCAUAAUCUGCUAAAUUGUAUGGAAGAUAGGAAAAGGAGUGUAACUGUAUUGACAGAAAUAUUACUACUGAAAUUAU